AUGACCAGGGCUCGAGAAUGGAAGCAUUUGCUUUUUGUAGUUUAUGAAAAGAUAGCAGAUGCACGUCAUCAACAAGUUCUAGAAAAUAGGGCUAGAUUAAAACCUAUUAUUGAAACCAUAGCAUUUCUUGGUCGACAGAAUAUUGCUAUUAGGGGGCAUCGUGAUGAUGGUAGUUUAUUUGACGAUUCUGAUACUCCGUCGGAAAAUAAAGGAAAUUUCAGAGAGUUGUUAAAUUUCAGAAUAUCAGCUGGAGACGAAACUUUAAAAAAUCAUCUUUUAACUACUCAAUCUAGAGCUACAUAUAUAAGUAAAACUACACAAAAUGAACUAAUAUUUAUCAUGGGAAAUUUGAUUUUGAAAAAAGUUUUAGACAGAGUGAAACAAUCUAAAUGUUACAGCGUUAUUUUCGAUGAAACAACCGAUUUGUCAAAAAUUUCUCAACUAGUUACAGUUAUUCGGUAUGUUUAUGAAAAUGAAGUAUUUGAGGAUUUUAUUGGUUUUUUAGAUUGCCACCAGGAUAAUUAUAGUAAUACUGGAAGAGAAGUUGAACCAAAAAUCACCGGUGAAUUAAUUAGUAAAUCAGUAAUAAAUAUUUUAGAUAAAUUUGGUUUACCUCUUGAUAAAUGUGUUGGAAUAGCAACAGACGGUUGUUCUGUCAUGCUAUCAGAAAAAUGUGGAGCUGUAAAUAUGUUAAGAUUCUCUUCAGGACUAGGUUCAAUAAUUGAUGCUUUAGAUGAAAUAUCAGACUGGGAUGAUAUUAGCACCGCAUCUAAGGCAUUUUGUUUAUCUAAAUCAGUAACUACUCCUGAGUUUCUUUUAACGCUAAAUAUUGUUUCUGAAAUGUUUAUAAUAACAUCACCAAUCGCUAAAUUGUUACAAUCUAAAAGUCAAGAUAAAUUAUCAGCUACGACAUUAAUUAAAUCUGUAAUUUCCGUUUUGAAAAAGAAGCGUUUGAACAGUGAUGAAUGUUUCAAUAAAAUAUUUGAAAACACAAAACAAAAGCUAGUCAAUUUAGGACUAUCAGACAUAAAUAUGCCAAGAUUAACAAGCUCGAUGAAAAAUAGAGAAAAUCCUCAAGUAGAAACAGCUGAAAAAUACUAUAAAAUUGUCCUUUUUAUUCCUUUUUUGGAUGAAUUAUUAGCUGAUUUAGAAUCAAGAUUUGACGAAGCUUCACUAUCAAUUUUAAACGUGGUUAAUCAAUUUGGUGAUGUAGUAUCAAAUUAUUUAAAUAUAUCUCAUGAUAUAUUUGAAAAACGCAUAACUGGAGAAUUAACCCUUUGGCACGAAUAUUGGCUCAACGAAAAGCAACUACCUGUGACUCAUGUUGAUGCUUUAAAACGUUGUGACUACGACUGUUUUCCUGAAAUCAAUAUUCUAUUAAAUAUACUUUUGACAUUACCAGCGACCACUGCAUCAGCAGAACGCAAUUUUUCAUCUCUGAGGCGGAUAAAGACAUGGAUGAGAACAAGAAUUUCGGAAGAUCGAUUGAAUGGACUGGCUUUACUACAUGCUCAUCGUGAUAUAACAAUAAACUCUGAGGAUGUGAUUGAUGUAUUUGCAAAAUCUAAUAGAAGACUUGAUUUUGUAAUUUAA